AAGGAGAGGUUUGAAAAGCAUUCAUAGUGGAUUCUUUGAAGAGAAAUAUGGGAUGUAUAAAAUCAAAAAGGAAAGAGAAUCUGCAUGGAGAUGGUCUAGAUUUGAAGAAUCAACCAGUACGUAAAACUGAACGAACUAUUUAUGUGAGGGAUCCAACGUCCAAUAAACAGCAAAGGCCAGCAAAUCCAGAAGCACAGCUCUUACCAGGACAGAGGUUUGUCAGUGAAGAAACAGAGGAGCAUGGAGUCAUUGUGGUAGCUUUGUAUCCCUAUGAUGGCAUUCAUGAAGAUGACUUGUCCUUCAAAAAAGGAGAAAAAUUGAAAGUUAUUGAGGAGCUGGGAGAAUGGUGGAGAGCAAAAUCACUCACAACAAGGAAGGAAGGCUUUAUUCCCAGCAACUAUGUAGCAAAAGUAGACACCCUGGAAACAGAAGAAUGGUUCUUCAAAGACAUAACCAGAAAAGAUGCCGAAAGACAACUCCUGGCUCCUGGAAAUAGUCCUGGAGCUUUCCUUAUCAGAGAAAGUGAAACAUUAAAAGGGAGCUAUUCUCUCUCCAUAAGAGACUAUGAUCCACAGCAUGGUGAUGUUAUUAAGCACUACAAAAUUAGGAGUCUAGACAAUGGAGGAUUUUACAUCUCUCCAAGAAUAACUUUUCCCAACAUCAAUGAUAUGAUCAAACAUUAUCAAAAGCAAUCAGAUGGCUUAUGCAGAAAGUUGGAAAAAGCUUGUAUUAGUCCCAAGCCUCAAAAACCAUGGGAUAAAGAUGCAUGGGAAAUCCCACGGGAAUCAAUUAAAUUAGUGAAGAAACUUGGAGCUGGUCAAUUUGGAGAAGUCUGGAUGGGUUACUAUCAUAAUAGUACAAAAGUGGCCGUGAAGACUCUGAAGCCUGGAACGAUGUCUGUGCAAGCCUUUCUGGAGGAAGCCAACCUCAUGAAAACACUUCAGCAUGAUAAGCUCGUUAGGCUUUAUGCUGUAGUGACCAAAGAAGAACCUAUUUAUAUUAUAACAGAAUUCAUGGCUAAAGGAAGUCUGCUGGAUUUUCUGAAGAGUGAUGAAGGAAGUAAAUUGUUGCUUCCAAAGCUAAUUGACUUCUCUGCUCAGAUUGCAGAAGGGAUGGCAUAUAUAGAAAGAAAAAAUUAUAUCCAUCGAGAUUUGAGAGCAGCAAAUGUUCUGGUUUCAGACUUACUGAUGUGCAAAAUUGCUGAUUUUGGACUAGCGAGAGUCAUCGAAGACAACGAAUAUACAGCAAGGGAAGGUGCAAAAUUCCCUAUUAAAUGGACAGCACCAGAGGCAAUUAACUAUGGAUCUUUCACUAUCAAAUCUGAUGUGUGGUCAUUCGGGAUUCUCCUGUAUGAAAUUGUUACAUACGGAAAGAUUCCUUAUCCAGGUAUGAGCAAUUCAGAUGUGAUGGUUGCUCUUCAGCGCGGGUACCGGAUGCCACGCAUGGAAACCUGUCCAGCUGAGCUUUACGAUAUUAUGAAAACAUGCUGGAAAGACAGAGCAGAAGAGAGGCCAACAUUUGAUUACCUACAGAGCGUGCUUGAUGAUUUCUACACAGCAACAGAAGGGCAGUAUCAACAACAGCCAUAGAACAAAGAACACUUUUUCUAUUGACAUUGAUCAUUGGCACAGACUAUUUUUUGGACAGACUGCUCAAACCAAUUACUUCAUGAGUUUGGAUGUCUUAACUAAGUGUGGAAGCUGAAAUGCUGAAGGAAAAAGUAAUUCUGCGGAGAAAAUAAUAAUGUUUUUAUUUGUUUGAAACUGUUCCUCUAAAGCUUGGAGUUCUCCUGAAAUGCUCUGUGUUUUGCAUCUGCAGAAGCAUCCCAAAGCAAGGAGGCUUUUUGGGGUGGGGAGGGAGAAGGAAGAAAAGCGACCAUGCUCUGGUACAGUUUGACAGUGCCUUCUUAGGAUCUAAAAGUCAUGCAAUGCAUUACAAGGAGACCUUUACAAAAGGGGCAAGAAGGUGCACAAACAGCUGUUUUCAAAAGAAAAAGUCAUGAAGGAGAACUUACCGAUUUAAGACAUGGUGAUGAUCUUAAAUCAUCUUUUUUGAAAUACAGUAUAUUGUGAAAGUUAUUUUUAUAUCCUUGUUAUUUCACAUUAGUAUCUGGAGUACUGUCACCUCUUGCAAGACUUUUUAAACAGUGUCAUGAUUCCCAUUAAGGAAGGUUUAUAUAUGUAACUCUUUACACUGAAGAUGAUUCUGUUUUACUGCUGUAUUACUCAUGCUAAAUUUAAAAUAAUUUUCAAAGCAUCACACAGCCAUCACAGAUGCAGAAGUGCAAUAUGGACACACAUGACAGCUCUG